AAUGGCAUUCAGUCGCUGGUGCCAGAAAAAUGGGUAGGUUAACUGUUCUAGUGAUCGUUUUCGUUACUUGGCAAAGCCAUGUGUCGGCUGAAAGUUCAGACUUUUCAGAAAUUAAGGAGUUUUUACAGGUGGGCGGAGGUGUGAAUAUCACACAAAUCAGCCAAGCGCGGGAUGGUAGAAACUUGGGAAAUUCCAUCGAAGAUGCGACGGAAAAUUUCAUGAAAUCCAAUGAAGUAGCCAUGGAACUUCCUUUUGGAACAACCGUAACAGUUAGUGGUAGAAAUUUUGAUAAUGAAGAAGUAGACCUAAAGUUGCGGCUUGGAUCAGGAAAUGAAGUGCAAGCUCGUAAGAAGUCCAAAGUCAAGAAGAUUUUGGCUCCCAUCCUGAUAGUUUUGCUCUUGAAAGCUAUUACACUAAUUCCGCUAGCUCUGGGUAUUCUGGGAAUCAAGACUUGGAAUGCUUUGCAGCUAUCGUUUGUAUCAUUUGUCACCUCUAUAGUUCUAGCAGUAUGGAAGUUAUGUGCUAAGUUCUCCGAUCAUCAUCAAGCCCCGCAUAUUGUGCAUGAAUCUGUGCACGAUGUUCACGUUCCUCACGUCUACCAUGAAAGCCAUCAUGACCACCAUCAUGAUCCAUGGGAUCAUCAUUAUCAUCGCUCGGAUGACAGCCCACAACAGUUGGCUUACAACGGAUAUGUUCCAGAAAGUAAAAUGUAAUUUAUUAACUUAUUUAUUGUCAAAUGUCUAAUAAAGUUGGAGAUUUUUAUAAAUUG